AUGGUUAACAAAAGUUGUUUAAUUUCCCGUACCGCUAUCACUGAAAAAGUGAAAAGCAGCUUGGGGGAGCAGCAGCUUCACAGCAAGCCGAUAUUUUCAGUUGACAUCCAUCCUGAUGGAACAAAGUUUGCAACAGGAGGGCAAGGAGAAAAUUCGGGGAAGGUUGUCAUCUGGAACAUGGCUCCUGUUCGCAGAGAGGAUGACGAGAAGAACGAGAAGGUACCCAAAAUGCUUUGCGCCAUGGACAACCACUUAGCCUGUGUAAACUGUGUGCGGUGGUCUAACAAUGGCCAGUAUCUCGCUUCAGGUGGAGAUGACAAGCUUAUAAUGGUGUGGAAACGGGCUGCGUAUAUAGGUCCAAGCACUGUUUUCGGGUCCAAUACUAAGCUCACCAACGUGGAGCAGUGGCGGUGCGUCACCAUCCUUAGGAGUCAUUCAGGAGCUGACAAGGGCUGCAAUUGGGUAAUUAUGAGUGAGGCUCAAUACAAAGAUAUGGCGUAUGCUUUAUUGAAUGAUAAUGCUGUUUAUAGGAGACUUUUGGGGAACCCACUUUCAGAAUAUAAUGGGGAAUUAUUGGAAAUUCUGGAAAGAGCAGAAAGACUGGGUUUCUUAAGUGCUUCUGAUGUUAAUAAGCUUCACAUAAAACGUCCCAGGGAUGCCAUGUUUAAAACUAUUCCUAAGAUACAUAAAGACAUUCAGAAACCACCAAAGGGGUCAGUAGUUUCGGGGAAAGGAGCUUUCCUUGACAGUGUAGGGAUAUUUUUAGAUUUUCAUUUAAAGAAUAAUCUGAAUAAGGUGAAUUCUCACAUUAAAAAUGUAAAGAUGUUGGCAGAGUUGUUGAAGGGGAAGAACAAGAACUACAAGAGGGAUACUGUGCAGCAUGUAGAACAGCAUCAUGUGGUAGGUCAGAGGGGAACUGAGGAACGUGAAAUCGAUUUAGGAGUUAAUAUUGAAACUGAACAGCAUGAAAAUAAAUUUAAUCCAAAAAUCUUCAGAAAAAGACAGAAAAAUGGGAGCUCCAACAAACCUAAUGGCCCAUACUGUUGCUGUGCUGUUGGUAGCAAGGAUCGGUCAAUCUCUGUUUGGCUCACCUGCUUGAAACGACCUUUGGUGGUAAUACACGAGCUCUUUGACAAAUCAAUAAUGGAUAUUUCAUGGACUGCAAAUGGGCUUGGCAUUCUCAUCUGCUCCAUGGAUGGUACAGUUGCAUAUCUGAGGUUCACACAGGAUGAACUAGGUGAUCAGCUGUCUGAAGAAGAGAAGAACAGUAUACAUCAAGCCACAUACGGCAAAAGUCUGGCCAUAACCACAGAGUCUCAGCUUCCUACUACCAUCAUUGAGAACCCUGAGAUGCUGAAAUACCAGCAGCAGCAGAAGCAGCAGCAGCAGCAGCAGCAGCAGCAGCAGCAGCAGGUAGAACAGAAGAAUGCAGCUGUGCACGAAGUGACCACCCCCAAAGUAGCAACCUUAGUGAAUGGGGAGAGCCUUGAGGACAUCAGAAAGAAUCUCCUAAAGAAGCAAGUGGAAACUCGGACGGCAGAUGGCCGCAGAAGGAUAACACCACUCUGCAUAGCUCAGUUAGAUACUGGGGAUUUCUCCACAGCACUUUUCAACAGCAUUCCAAUCACAUCAGGCAGCAUGCUGUCUUCUCAAAAUAGCCAGGCGUUUAUGUCAAUGGCAGAUUCAAAUUCUGCCAAUUCUGUUAGCACUUCAAAACCUUCCAUUGAGCCAUCUGCUACCACAGCGAAACCAGCAGAAGUCACGCCCAAUAAAGAAGGGGCAAGUACUACCUCAUGUGUCACCGCCAGUGCAGCAACACCAGCAGGAACAACGCACACUUCAAUACUAACGUCACCUUCCAGAAUUGAGCCAAUUAAAGCACUUGAUUCCAGAUUUACUGAACGAUCCAAGGCUACCCCUGGGGCUGCCAGUGUUUCAUUUGUUAACCAUGCCAAUUCUGAAAAGAACUUACAGCAACAGGUAGCUGUUCCCUGUUCACCUGUAAGGUUAAAAGAUCCAAGUGUCUCCAAGGAUGUGAAGCCUAAGGAAAGCCUAGAAAGCAGUAGUGACAGUGAGGAAAAAAUCCCAACUGUAAAGUCACAUUUACUAUCCAAAAGAAAACUUGAGAUUGAAGGAGAGGUGACAGAGAAGAGGAAAAAGGGAAGGCCUCGGAAAGACAACAAAGCCGCUCCUGUACCUGUGCCAGUGGCUGUAAAUGUUCAGGCUACUACAAUAGAGAAAGACACAUCGGGUACUUCAGCACCAACUGUAGCAUUAAAACUACCCACACCAACCCCACAAAAAACAUUCACGUUACAGGUAAGCUCUGAUCCAUCUAUGUACAUUGAGGUGGAAAAUGAACUUGUAUCAGUGGCAGGAGUUAAACUGAGUAAGCUAAAGUGCAAUAGAGAAGGCAAAGAAUGGGAAACAGUCCUCACAAGUCGCAUUCUUACAGCAGCAGGCAGCUGUGACAUGGUUGGGAUAGCAUGUGAAAAACGGACGUUAUCAGUGUUUUCAGCAUGUGGACGCAGGCUUCUGCCUCCUAUCGUCUUACAGCAUCCUGUCUCCACGUUACACUGUGCUGGCUUUUUCCUGAUGGCUCUCACUGCCAGUGCAACACUGUCUGUGUGGGAUAUCCAGAAACAGUCAGUGCUGAUAAAGGAUGAAUCUCUCCAUACUAUAUUGUCAGGAGAUGAUACAACAGUCUCCCAGUCGCUGCUGACACAACAUGGCUUGCCAGUUAUUACGGUGUCUAGUGGGAAAUCAUAUUGUUUUAAUCCCUCUCUUUCAUCAUGGAAUUUAAUAUCUGACAAGCAUGAUCCACUGAUGCAGUGUGCUGAUUACCGGAACUGUGUCUCUUCCCAGGAGGCAAUGAUGUGCUCAGGCCCACUAGCCAUUGUCCAGGGUCGUACACCAAAUGUGGGACGUCAAGCUGGUAGACUGUUCUCUGUCCCUCAUUCAUUGCAGCAAGGAUCAACAUUGUCUUAUUUAGAGAACCAGGUAGUAGCAGCACUUCUACUGCAGUCCAGCCCGGAAUACCGGCAUUGGCUUAUCAUCUAUGCCCGCUUCCUCGUCAGUGAAGGUUGUGAGUACCGGUUAAGAGAACUAUGCAAGGAUUUGCUUGGACCAGUGCAUCAGUCUGCAGGAAGUCAGUGGGAUGCCACAGUAUUGGGAUUCCGGAAAAGAGAGUUGCUGAAGGAGUUGCUUCCUGUUAUUGGGCAGAACUUGAAAUUCCAGCGGCUUUUUACAGAGUACCAAGAACAAUUGGACCUCAUGAAGGAUAAAUAGUAUCCUACUGCAAUCCUAGAGGAAGGUUUUGAAGCCUUUGCUGAGGAAUACAACAGGUGGGAAGAGCCCUGCCCCCUGAAAAAAAAAUCACCCCGUGGCCCAGUACAUGAAGGUGGAAAAGCAAAUGGCAGCAUUGUUAGACUUUAUACAUUAAGUGAUGUAGCUUCGAAAUCAACAGGGGAUGGCACAUGGAAAGGAUUGUUCACUGAACCAUAGGCCUCUUCCCUCUUUCUGAGUGAAAAACUGGUACACUUGAUUGUAAAGCUGUAGAAAUUCCUCCUGGUACCCUAAUUUAAGGUUUGCAAGACAGACUGUGUGCUGCUACUUGGGGUGCCAUGCAUGAAGACUGCAGUCCUUUGCAAUAAACUCAGCAGCAUUAUUCUUCCUGGCCCAUGGCUAAACUUGUUGGUUUCCCUUUAAGAUGCACAGCGGUGUAAAUGAAGGCACUGCAUUGUAAAAAGACUGUGUCUAUAGCUUCUGGACUUGGACUGAGAUACUGCUCUGUCAUAAUAGUACCUAGAGGCUGAUCUUAACACUUGGACUAUUUUUGUACUAGAAUAUACUAACUUGUAAUAUAGAUGGGUCUUCCUCACCCAGCAGAGUAACUAUAUGACAGAUUUGGUACAUGUCUUUAUUGCAGGGAUUGUAACUCCUGACUUAUAACCAUGUUCAAUAUCUAUUGUACAUUAAAAUAAUAUGGUCUCACUUUGUAAUUUUUAAAUGUUUGUACAAAACUUUUGUUUAUUACAAAAUAAAUUGAAAUGUGUGUUAAUAUAAAUUAA